CAAACUCGUUUAAUCUGACCUCUAGCCUGUGAUAAAUAUGACGAUAGUGCAAGGCCAUAGCACAGUGGCUGCCACGUAUUUAUAAUGGUAUUUCAAUAAGAACGUUUCAAUAUUUUCUCAUUCGACUUAGUAGAAGAACCUGAUCAACAUGGCAACUAUUCGCUUAGGACAAAUAUUAUUUUCUCGCGUUUCUAACACUGUUAGAAAACCGCAACAAUGUUCAUCUUUCAUCAAAUAUUAUUCUUCUCAAAUGAAAACAUAUGAAUUGAUAAAAGUGGAGACUACUGGAGAAAAAAAUAAUGUUGCCUUAAUUACUUUAAAUAGGCCAAAAGCAUUAAAUGCUUUGUGCAAUCAAUUAAUGACCGAAUUAAAUGAAGCUAUUGGAGAAUUAGAUAAAAAUGAUAAUGUUGGAGCAAUUGUUAUCACAGGAAAUGAGAAAGCAUUUGCAGCUGGAGCUGAUAUUAAAGAAAUGGUUAAUAAUACAUACUCUCAUAGUAUGAAGGGUAAUUUUCUUUCAUUUUGGAACGCAGUUUCCAAAGUCAUUAAGCCAGUAAUCGCUGCUGUAAAUGGAUAUGCUUUGGGCGGUGGAUGCGAAUUAGCUAUGAUGUGUGAUAUUAUUUAUGCCGGUGAUAAAGCAAGAUUUGGUCAACCAGAAAUAGCAAUUGGUACGAUACCUGGUGCUGGUGGUACACAAAGAUUAACUCGAAUUGUAGGAAAAAGUAAGGCAAUGGAAAUGGUACUUAGCGGAAAUCAUAUAACUGCUGAAGAAGCUGAAAAAAGUGGUUUGGUUAGCAAAGUAUUCCCAUCCGAUAAAGUUGUACAAGAAGCUAUUAAACUUGGUGAAAAGAUAGCUUCUCAUUCGCAAUUAAUAGUAUCUAUGGCAAAAGAAUCUGUUAAUAUGGCUUAUGAGACUACGUUACAAGAAGGAUUACAUUUUGAAAAGAGAAUGUUCCAUGGAACGUUUGCUACGGCUGACAGAAAAGAAGGAAUGAUUGCUUUUACUGAAAAACGUCCACCCAAAUUUACUAAUCAGUAAAUUUAUAAAAUUACAUAU